CGCCGUCCUGACGAUGUCGCUGCUGACCAUCUCCCGUAGGGGCGGCUGCGGGCGCUGGCGGCGGCGCUGGGCGGCUGCGGGCUGCUGCUGGGCUCGGCGCUGGCGGCGGGCGAUGAGCGGCUCUACGCGGCGGCGAUGCCCGCGCUCCGCGCCCUACCCCCCGAGGCCGCGCACAGGCUGGCUCUGCGCGUCGCCGCUCUGGGGCUGCUGCCUCCCGCCCGUCCCGACGGCCCAGCGCUGGAGGUGCGAGUGCUCGGGCACCGGUUCUGCAACCCGGUGGGCCUGGCGGCUGGCUUCGACAAGCACGGCGAGGCCGUGGAUGGGCUGUACAAGAUGGGCUUCGGCUUUGUGGAAGUCGGGACUGUGACGCCCCAGCCCCAGGAGGGGAACCCCAGGCCCAGGGUGUUCCGGCUGGUGGAGGACGAGGCAGUCAUUAACAGGUAUGGGUUCAACAGCCAUGGCCACGCUGCAGUGGAGUGCAGGCUGCGGGCCCGCCAGGACACACAGCUCCGGCUCACUGGUGUGGGGAUGCCCCUUGGAAUCAACCUGGGCAAGAACAAGAGCUCCACUGAUGCUGCAGCUGACUAUGUGGCUGGGGUCCGGACACUGGGCCCUUUGGCUGACUAUCUGGUUGUGAACGUGUCCAGCCCAAACACGCCAGGCCUGCGGCAUCUGCAGGGCAAGGCUGAGCUGCAGGACCUGCUGACCAAGGUACUGGCAGCACGGGACGCAUUGCCCUGCGCACGCAAGCCAGCUGUGCUGGUGAAGAUUGCCCCUGACCUCAGCACUCAGGACAAGCAGGACAUUGCCAGCGUUGUCUGCGAGCUCGGUGUGGAUGGGCUGAUUGUCAGCAACACCACGGUGAGCCGUCCCAGCAGCCUCCAGAGCCGGCAGCGCUCGGAGCCUGGUGGCCUCAGUGGGAAGCCCCUGCGGGAGCUCUCCACACAGACCAUCAGGGACAUGUACUCCCUCACCCGAGGCCAGGUGCCCAUCAUCGGGGUGGGUGGUGUGAGCAGCGGGCAGGAUGCCCUGGAGAAGAUCCGUGCUGGAGCCUCGCUUGUGCAGAUGUACACAGCACUCGUGUACCACGGGCCACCAGUGGUGCAGGCAGUGAAGCAGGAGCUGGAGGAGCUGCUGAGGGAGCAGGGCUUCAGGAACGUAAUGGAGGCAGUUGGAGCUGAUCACCAGUCCUGACAUGCUGCAGAACCAAGAUCAUGCUGGAGGAGCUCUGCACAAGCAGGGAUAUGUCUGAUGUUUCCAGCGCUGGGCAGGCUGGGGCUAAGCUGAAGCUCCGGUCCCAGCCUUUGGGAAGGGUCAGUGCUGAUGGGGAGCAGGGGAAGGGACCUCCUGCUGGUGCUGCUGCCCAGGGCUGUAUUUUGGCUCUCCUGUGUUUGGGCUCCCCAGCACAAAGCAGCAUGGGGUAAGGCUCUGCUGGCUGGCGAGAAA